GAGUCGUGGGACUAUUACACUAACCUGGUCUGAGACACCAUGAACUGACAGCAUCAUAAAUCAUCAUAAAUCAUCAUACACCAGAUCUCCAUACAGACUCUUCACAGUAAACCACACAGAGAAAUACGGUGUUAUCUGACAAAUAAGCAAGAUGAAAGAAAAAGCCUUGGCUGGAUUAUGUAUAUUACUGGUCUCAGUAACAGGUAUUUACAUGCAAACAACCACUGAACAAACUACAGACUUUACAACAGAUGCCACCAUGGAAUCAGGGACAACUGCAUCUGUUCAAUCAACAACAGCUUUGACAGCUGAGUCCACAGUAGUUUCCAGUGUGGAACCAAGUACAAGUCCAACAUUUGAACAAACUACAGACUUGACAACAGAUGCCACCAUGGAGUCAGGUACAACUGCAGCUGAUGAAUCAACUACAGCUUUGACAGCUGAGUCUACAGUAGUUUCCAGUGUGGAACCAAGUACAAGUCCAACAUUUGAACAAACUAUAGACUUUACAACAGAUGCCACCACGGAGUCAGGUACAACUGCAGCUGAUGAAUCAACUACAGCUUUGACAGCUGAGUCUACAGUAGUUUCCAGUGUGGAACCAAGUACAAGUCCAACAUUUGAACAAACUACAGACUUUACAACAGAUGCCACCAUGGAGUCAGGUACAACUGCAGCUGAUGAAUCAACUACAGCUUUGACAGCUGAGUCUACAGUAGUUUCCAGUGUGGAACCAAGUACAAGUCCAACAUUUGAACAAACUACAGACUUGACAACAGAUGCCACCAUGGAAUCAGGUACAACUGCAGCUGAUGAAUCAACUACAGCUUUGACAGCUGAGUCUACUGUAGUUUCCAGCAUAGAACCAAGUACAAGUCCAACAUUUGAACAAACUACAGACUUGACAACAGAUGCCACCAUGGAAUCAGGUACAACUGCAGCUGAUGAAUCAACUACAGCUUUGACAGCUGAGUCUACAGUAGUUUCCAGUGUGGAACCAAGUACAAGUCCAACAUUUGAACAAACUACAGACUUGACAACAGAUGCCACCAUGGAAUCAGGUACAACUGCAGCUGAUGAAUCAACUACAGCUUUGACAGCUGAGUCUACAGUAGUUUCCAGCAUAGAACCAAGUACAAGUCCAACAUUUGAACAAACUACAGACUUUACAACAGAUGCCACCAUGGAAUCAGGUACAACUGCAGCUGAUGAAUCAACUACAGCUUUGACAGCUGAGUCUACAGUAGUUUCCAGCAUAGAACCAAGCACAAGUCCAACAUUUGAACAAACUACAGACUUUACAACAGAUGCCACCAUGGAGUCAGGUACAACUGCAGCUGAUGAAUCAACUACAGCUUUGACAGCUGAGUCUACAGUAGUUUCCAGUGUGGAACCAAGUACAAGUCCAACAUUUGAACAAACUACAGACUUUACAACAGAUGCCACCAUGGAGUCAGGUACAACUGCAGCUGAUGAAUCAACUACAGCUUUGACAGCUGAGUCUACAGUAGUUUCCAGUGUGGAACCAAGUACGAGUCCAACAUUUGAACAAACUACAGACUUUACAACAGAUGCCACCAUGGAAUCAGGUACAACUGCAGCUGAUGAAUCAACUACAGCUUUGACAGCUGAGUCUACAGUAGUUUCCAGCAUAGAACCAAGUACGAGUCCAACAUUUGAACAAACUACAGACUUUACAACAGAUGCCACCAUGGAAUCAGGUACAACUGCAGCUGAUGAAUCAACUACAGCUUUGACAGCUGAGUCUACAAUAGUUUCCAGUGUGGAACUAAGUACAAGUCCAACUUUUGAACAAACUACAGAUUUUACAACAGAUGUCACCAUGGAAUCAGGUACAACUGCAGCUGAUGAAUCAACUACAGCUUUGACAGCUGAGUCUACAGUAGUUUCGAGUGUGGAACCAAAUACAAGUCCAACAUUUGAACAAACUACAGACUUGACAAAAGAUGCCACCAUGGAAUCAGGUACAACUGCAGCUGAUGAAUCAACUACAGCUUUGACAGCUGAGUCUACAGUAGUUUCCAGUGUGGAACCAAGUACAAGUCCAACAUUUGAACAAACUACAGGCUUGACAACAGAUGCCACCAUGGAAUCAGGUACAACUGCAGCUGAUGAGUCAACUACAGCUUUGACAGCUGAGUCUACAGUAGUUUCCAGUGAAGAACCAAGUACAAGUCCAACAUUUGAACAAACUACAGUCUCUGCAAAAGAAACUACUUUGGAAUCAGGAACAACUUCAUCUGAUGAAUCAACUACAGCUUUGACAGCUGAGUCUACAAUAGUUUCCAGUGAGGAACCAAGUACAAGUCCAACAUUUGAACAAACUACAGACUUGACAAAAGAUGCCACCAUGGAAUCAGGUACAACUGCAGCUGAUGAAUCAACUACAGCUUUGACAGCUGAGUCUACAUUAGUUUCCAGCGUAGAACCAAGUACAAGUCCAACAUUUGAACAAACUACAGAUUUUACAACAGAUGCCACCAUGGAUUCAGGUAUAACUGCAGCUGAUGAAUCAACAACAGCUUUGACGGCUGAGUCUACAAUAGUUUCCAGCGUAGAACCAAGUACAAGUCCAACAUUUGAACAAACUACAGGCUUGACAACAGAUGCCACCAUGGAAUCAGGUACAACUGCAGCUGAUGAAUCAACUACAGCUUUGACAGCUGAGUCUACAUUAGUUUCCAGCGUAGAACCAAGUACAAGUCCAACAUUUGAACAAACUACAGAUUUUACAACAGAUGCCACCAUGGAUUCAGGUAUAACUGCAGCUGAUGAAUCAACAACAGCUUUGACGGCUGAGUCUACAAUAGUUUCCAGCGUAGAACCAAGUACAAGUCCAACAUUUGAACAAACUACAGGCUUGACAACAGAUGCCACCAUGGAAUCAGGUACAACUGCAGCUGAUGAAUCAACUACAGCUUUGACAGCUGAGUCUACAGUAGUUUCCAGUGAAGAACCAAGUACAAGUCCAACAUUUGAACAAACUAGAGUCUUUGCAACAGAAACUACUAUGGAAUCAGGUACAACUUCAACUGAUGAAACAACUACAGCUUUGAAAGCUGAGUCUACAAUAGUUUCCAGUGUGGAACCAAGUACAAGUCCAACAUUUGAACAAACUACAGUCUUUGCAACAGAAACUACUAUGGAAUCAGGUACAACUUCAACUCAUGAAUCAACUACAGCUUUGACAGCUGACACUACAACAGUUUCCAGUGUGGAACCAAAUACAAGUCCAACAUUUAAACAAACUACAGUCUCUGCAACAGAAACUACCAUGGAAUCAGAAACAACUUCAACUGUUGAAUCAACUACAGCUUUGACAACUGACUCUACAGUAGUUUCCAGUGUUCAACCAAGUACAAGUCCAACAUUUGAACAAACUACAGUCUCUGCAACAGAAACUACCAUGAAAUCAGGAGCAACUUCAACUGUUGAAUCAACUACAGCUUUGACAACUGAGUCUACAGUAGUUUCCAGUGUGGAAACAAGUACAAGUCCAACAUUUAAACAAACUUCAGACUUUACAACAGAAACUACAACAGGUUCUACCAUGGAGUCAAGUACCGUUACAAGCAUCAAACCAUCAACAAAAUCACCAACAAGUGUUGCAAAAGUAGCUUCAAAUGGCGGAUUGGAAACAACUCAACCCAACACCCCUACAGCCUCUACAGAAGCAGCAGUUGUCACAAAGCAAAUCAGCUUUACCACCUCUGAAACGUUUAACGCUGACCUAUUAGUCUCAACUUCAUCUACCUUCAUCAACAGAGCAGCAAGUGUGAAAUCAGAGUUUGAACCUGUAUUUAAGCAAGCAUUCAGUACCUUCAUCAGGCUAAAUGUCCUUGGUUUUAAGGCUGGAUCAAUCAUCACUAAUCUGAAUUUGGAGUUCAGUGCUAGUCUACCCAGUGACAACAACAUCGUUGACACUGUGCUCAAUGCAAAAACAAGUUUUGCUAUUACACAGGCUUCAGUGACUACAGCUGCUACAGCAACUCCAACACCAGAAACAACUACAACAACUACGACAACAACUACACCCCCUCCUACAACUACAACCACUUCUACUACUACUACUACUACUACUACUACACCCCCUCCUACAACUACUACUACACCCUCUACUACAACAACGGCUACGACUACACCUACACCAACACGUCCCCCACCAGCUGUUGCUCUAACAAUUGUCAUUAAUCAAGUGUACGAAGUGGCACUGAGUGACACAAACAGCAAUCAGUUCAAAGUCCUGGCUACUAUAGUGCAAGCAGCAAUGGACCUGGUUUACAAAGCCCAGUACGGAGCUCUGUUCAUCAUGACUAAAGUUAAAGGAUUUAGACCAGGAGCUACUCGCGCAACAGACAUAGAAACAGACCUGGAGCUGAUAUUCAAUGAGAACUCCACAAAGCCUCUUCCAUCCUCCACCGACGUGGUGAGCACCCUAAAAGAGGCUAUAUCAAACCCAAGCUCAGGCUUCAACUUGGCGGUGGACCCUGCCAAGAUUGUUGUUGUCAGUGCACCGCAGACCAUUCCUGUGAUUUUCCAAACAAAUGGCACAUUUGUGUCGGCUCUCUCAGACUCCACCUCAACUUUAUUCGGCAACAGGUCAUUAGCGAUUAAACAGGAGCUUGAGCCUUUUUUCACUGUUGAUUAUCCUGCAGCAUUUAGUCAGCUGGUAAUGACAAAUUUCAGCAAUGGAGGUCUGAGCCUUACACUGAUCCAGAACCACAUGGACCUGUAUUUUGGUGCCUCGGCUACACUUCCCAACAGCACCCAGAUCGCAAACACCUUAGUUAGAGCAGCUAAAAACAACACCCUCCCCUUCAUGAUCUUUACCUCACAGAUCACAGUGAAUGGAACGGUGAUAUCUUCAGGAGAAAUCAGCAGCAAGAUCAGCCUGUUCACGGCAGCCUUCAUGGUGACCUUAUCACUUCUGCUCACACGGUACAGCUAAAAAGACAAAAAAAUAAUAAAACAUUUUGCAAUAUAUAUUUUUAUUGAAACUUGAUGACUUUACUGAUGUUCUGUUGUGUGAUGAGUUAUCUUUCUGAAGAGGUCAUGUUUCCUAUUCUUAAAAGGUGAAUUAUUCACAAAACAUGGUUGUGAAUGAUUGUGAACUAUUAUCUACAAACAUAUUGUAGAUAAAAUAGUGUUCUGAUGUAAAACCUUUAUUUAAAGGAAAUGUAUUUAUUCUGUAUUAUGAUUGUUAAAUCAUUGGAAAACUGCACUGUAUUCAAUAAUUGAUUUUUUUUUUAUUGUCUUCCAAAAAUAUUUUUCUAAUUUUCAACACAUAUUUAAGUAUAUUUAUAUUUUAAUGUAAGGUUUAAUUUUUGUUUAAUUUUAGUGAACAAUAACAGAAGCUGCACAUUCCGGUAGACACAGUCCAAACAAACAACCACAAUAUUAUAUCUGCAGUUCAUCUGCAUUCAUACAGAUACCACAAGUUGCAGGUACACCACAUUCCUUGCCUUGGCUUUAAAUACAUUGCACUUAUCCCAGCCUGUUAAUCAGCUACUUAUUCAAUUACUUAACAAUAAUGUUACCGACAGCCAUCAUCUCUAUAUGAAGAUUAUUAGACGGAUCAAAUUUAAAGUAACUGGACCUGUGUGAUGUUUCAUAAGAGGAGGUAAAAGUUUUAUUGGUUUUAAAUUUUGUGGAAAUUUAUACAAGAAAUCACAGGUUGUAUUUCUGCAGUUUUUAUCAGAAAUGUGUCACAUGUGUAAUAAUACCAAACAAACAUUUUUAUUACUAUGCAUUUUGAUUUUCUUCAUUAAAAACUUUUGUUAUA